AAAUUGACCAAAGUUGUGAAGCGUGAUAAAAUGCCGUGCUUUGAUGAUAAGGCGUCACUGCUCUACCUUGAUGCCAUUCUCCGCGAGGUCCUGAGAUGGUAUCCUCACGUCCCCCUAGGAAUUCCACAUGUGGGCUCAAAUAAUGAUGUUUACAACGGGUACUUUAUACCCAAACAACUUAUCUGUAGUUCGAUCAGGGCAUUGUCCCGGGAUGAAGACAUGUUUCCCGACGCAUCAUGCUUCAAUCCUAGUCGCCAUCUAACAGUUGAUGGGAAGUUGAAGGACCCUUUUGUCAAUCAUAUGGCCUUCGGACGACAAAUGUUCUUGGCAGGUCGUUGGUUUGCAGAGAACGUUCUGUGGACUGCAGCUGCUACCAUACUCGCCGUCUUACGCAUCGAUCAUGCUAAAGACUCAAACGGAGACAGGAUUGAGGUGAAGCCGGAGUUCACCACCGGCUUGGCGAUGUAA